CUCGGAAACGGACAGAAACGGGCCGCGUGAAUGCCCAAAACACUUUAUCUUACUAGGCCGCUCGGCGCACGUUCCCUGUUCUUCUUCCUCCGAACUCCGGAGGUCCCAACUACUUCCAUGCCUCUGCACCGCAAUAAGCCCUAAUCGCCAAUUCGCCACCUCCACCUCCAUGGCGACCAGCUCCUUUUUCCAUCCGCUCGCCGCCCCGAUGGCCGGCGGCGGCGGCGGCGGCGUUCGCCUCCGUCGCUGCCCCCUCACCUUCCCGGUCCCCGCCCGCACCGCGCCCCGGCGACCGGCGCCGCUCCUCGUCGCCCGCGCCAAGCGCGCCGGCAGCCGGACCCCCGCCACCGCCUCGCGGCAGCCCGCGAAACCCAGCGCGGCCCCGAAGAGGGAUGCGGAGGAGGUGGAGGUCGAGGAGGAGAUGCCGUGGAUCCAGGACAAGGCGCUGGACCUCGUGGAGUUCACGGGCACCGUCACACAGGCCAUCCCGGGGCCCCGCGUUGGCUCCAGCCCCGUGCCGUGGCUCCUCGCCUUGCCGCUCGCCUACGUCGGCGUUUCCUUCGUGCUCGCGGUCGUCCGCACCGUGCGCAGGUUCACCUCCCCGCGCACUAAGAAGAAGCGAAGGGUGGGUAAGAAUAUAUUCUUGUUGAAGUCACUGGAUGAGCUGUUCCAGAAGGGCAGGGAGGCAGUAGAUUAUCCCGCUCUCCAAGACCUAAUGCAGAAGACAGGAUUUGACAUGGAUGAUGUAGUAAGAAAGUACAUCUGGUACACACUGAAUGAAAAACCGUUCAAUCCUAAUGCGGUUGUGGAUCUCAUACAUCUUAGGAAGGCAUCAAUGUUAGAAGGUGCCGAAGUUGCUGAAAUUUUGAAUGAGAUUUCAAGAAGAAUUGUUUGGGAAAAAGGGCCAGUAGUUAUGGACUUAUCUGGGUUUACAGAACAAGGUUUUAAGCGGAAGCUUGCUGUGCAAGUGUUGUUUGGAAAAAUCCUGUACUUAUCAGAGCUUCCGGAGUUCUGUUCACGGGACAGCUCACUUGUUGUCAAAGAAAUCUUUGGAGUUACAGAUGAGGACGUGGACAGCAUCCGAAUUCACACCCUUUCUGCAACUGGUGAUAUCGAAUCUAUACAGAAGAUGGUCGAUGAUUCUGACUUAGAACGUGGCCCCUCGUCAUCAUCUUGAUUUAUGGUGAUGGAAUGACACUAAGCAUCAUCGUUGAUAAUGUUGCAACUUCAGCUUGGUGUGAGUUUCUCCAGCCUUUUCCUUCAGAUUGUUUUUCCAGCCAUUGAAGGAGGGGUGAGCAGGAUAGUUGGCUGGAAGUUUUGUAAGUUGCCUCUCGAAUAGGCCAGAACGUAUGGCAUUGUGUCAGACCUGUCCAUGACUUGAGUAAACCAAAGUUGCCAAGAGAAUGGUAGCAGUGAGUUUAUAGAAAGCGGGAAUGUUAUUUAAAUGUACACCGUUUUACGUUUUCGGUUAUGCCCCACUCAUUAACGUUAUGUAAUUCUCUACUAAUUAAAGGAUGGCAAAUCUACCAUGGUGCUGUCGUGUA